ACAGCUUAUAAUAAGUGCCAUACUUCAGUCUGUCACAGGAGAAAAUACGAAUAAAAUUUCUGGAUUUGCAGUAUGACUUGAAAUAUAAUGUGGAACAUAAUUUAUUUCAUCUGGCAUCCAGUAUGGGGAGUUGCUUGACGGGUUUAACAAAUUUAUUUCAUAUUGGAAACAGUCACCACAAAAUUAUUACAAAUGACUUAUCAUUGUUAAAGAAGGGAGCAUUGUGAAUAAGCCAGCUUGCAGAGGACUUGUGAAGAAGAGUCAUGACUGGGAUAUAUAUAGCAAACAGUCGCCAGGAAAGGCUUCAACUGAACCCUCCCGACUGUUGAACUAUAACCUCGAAACAAAUCAACGGCAACCCUGCCAAUGGUCGUCAAGCUGUAGAAGGGUGUGAAAAAAGGCUUUGAAGGACCACAAGAUCAUGGGAUGUGGUAGUUCAAGAGUUAAUACUAAUUCAGUGAAGAGAAUAGUGAAAGAAUAUCACUGCACAGCUGGGACAGCCAUCAAGGCUGCCAUUCUCAUCCAGAGGUGGUAUCGUCAAUAUGUUGCCCGGUUGGAAGUUCGCAGACGGUGCACGUGGACUAUUUUUCAGUCAAUUGAGUAUGCAGGGGAGCAGGAUCAGAUCAAGCUGCACGAUUUUUUCAGUUAUUUGAUGGACCACUUUACCCCAGCUUCUGGCAAUGAACAAGAUCACAUUUCCCAAAUUUUCACUCAGACAAAUAAGUCAUGUAAGGAUGCAGAAUGGGCUAUUCACUGCUUCUAUGGUAAUAUUGAGAUUUCAGACUCUUACACUGGACCUCAGCUCUGUUUCCCUCUCACUCCCGCACAUGUAACAACCUUACUGGAAGCCUUCAAACAUGAACAACAGCUUCAUGCUCGCUAUGUAUUAGAGCUACUAGAUGAAACCAGGAAGCAUUUGGAGCAUUUGCCAAAUAUCAGCCAUGUUUCUACUUGCUACAGUAAAGAGAUUACAAUAUGCGGUGAUUUACAUGGACAAUUGGAUGACCUAUUUUUAAUAUUCUAUAAGAACGGGCUGCCAUCGCCAGAAAAAGUGUAUAUCUUUAAUGGAGACUAUGUUGACAGAGGGAAAUAUUCUAUUGAGAUUCUGCUGAUUCUGUUCGCAUUUCUACUUGCUUACCCAAAAGCAAUCUAUCUGAACAGAGGAAACCAUGAAGAUUAUAUCAUCAACUUAAAAUACGGGUUCACAAAGGAAGUAAUGCAGAAAUAUCAGGUGCAUGGCAGAAUAAUACUGAAAUUAAUACAGAGUGUUUUCAGUUGGUUGCCACUAGCUACUAUUAUAGAUGAAAAAAUAUUGAUUUUACAUGGAGGCAUUUCAGAAGCAACAGAUUUGGAUUUCCUGAGCAAGAUUGACAGACACAAGUAUACUUCAGCUUUGAGACGAUCCAAAAGGAAAAGGUUUGAGCAGAGCAAGCAAGAGUCGGAUCAGGAGCAAUGCUGCAGCCGGGGUAAUGAGCAGUGUUUGAACAAAUCUGACCAAACUCCAAGGAAGAAUUUAUUAUCUGGCAUGAUUAACCUUCAUUCUCAUUGUUACAAGAGUCAGAGGAGGAAGAGUUCUGGCACUACAUGUGGAAAGGAAAAGGAAAUCUUUCAAAGAGUACAAUGUUCAGUUGAGGAGGGACUAGAGAAAUGUCGUAGAAAAGUCGGCUUCAGUAACACUUAUGAUGAAUCUAAAAUAACACGGUCCACGUUAGAUUCUGAUACUCGAGAAAUCCUUGACUUCAACAACCAUGAAUGGAAACAGAUUGUGGACAUCUUGUGGAGUGACCCAAUGCAUCAGGAAGGUUGCAUUGCAAAUACGGUCAGAGGAGGUGGAUGCUACUUUGGACCCGAUGUGACUGAAAAGAUUCUACAGAAGCACCAAUUACAGCUCUUGAUCAGAUCCCAUGAGUGUAAGCAAGAGGGCUAUGAGUUCUGCCACAAUGAAAAGGUCCUGACCAUAUUUUCUGCUUCAAAUUAUUACGAAGUCGGCAGCAACAAAGGAGCUUAUGUGAAACUUGGUCCUGACCUUGUUCCUCAUUUUGUACAGUACCAAGUUAGUCAAAGUACUCGAAAACUAACCCUGAGACAAAGAGUGAGUAGAGUUGAGAGGUCGGCAUUAGGAGCUCUGCGGAAGAAGAUUUUUGCCCAUAAAUCAGACCUCAUCAGUGCAUUUGAGCAUUAUGAUAAGAAUAAAACAGGUAAAAUUUCGCUGAAUGACUGGGCAAAUGCCCUGGAGACAACAUUAGCUCUGGGUCUGCCAUGGCGUGUUUUGCGAUCCCAACUUGUGCCCAGUGCUCCUCAUGGACUUCUGAAUUUUUACUCAUGGUUUGAUGAUCUUGCCAUAGAGAAACCCAUUGCGCAGCAUUUACAACCUAGUUUGCUGGAAAUGCUUUACAGAAGCAGGUCUGACCUUGAAACCAUUUUUAGAAUUAUUGACAGUGACAACUCUGGUCUGAUAACAUUUGAGGAAUUACAAAGAACUUGUAAACUCCUCAGUUCUCACCUUAAGAUUGAUGUUAGUGAUAAAGCCAUUGGUGACCUGGCUCGCAGUAUGGACUUCAACAAGGAUGGAAGUAUAGACAUUAAUGAGUUCCUUGAAGCUUUUCGUCUGGUCGAUAGCUCAAGUUACUAAACUGGAGAUGCUGAUAUGCUGCUAAUUCCACAAUUGAGUUUGGUGAAUUAAGCAAAGAAUUAAAAAGGAAGAUGUCAAGCUGAUAAUGACAUAAAACAGGCCAUACAUUGUUUGAAAAGAAAACAUGCUUUGUUUAAUUUUAAAAUGGUCAUUUCUGGAAUAAAAUGGCCACUGCAGAUCACAUGAUUUGCAAGUUGGCUACAACUGUAGAAACUCUAGUAAUUACAAGGACAAAGCUAAAUCAAAUCAAUCUCAGUGCAAUUUCUUACCCUGAAAUUGCAUGGAUAGUGAAACAGAGAGCAGUAUACAUUCUGUCUGCUGAACUUGAACUGAUAAUAAAGGGGAUGUAUCAAAACUCAUCACGACCGCACUUGUGCUAGCAAUCAUCAUCUAACUUAAGUGUUUGAUGGAUUUUCAAGGACAGACACUAACUACGAAUGGACAAUGUCACAUGACCAAAUCACAUCUGCCUUUUUGUACAGUUUUAAUUGUACAUUUAUGAAUCCUUGACAAUCUGCUUUAACAUGAGAACAAAGAACAGCCACCAGUGCUCAAGGCCAACAGCUAAGCCUGCCUCAAGUCCAAGUCUCAUUGUUCUCGAAAGAAUCCUGCAUUCGCCAAAAUGAAAAACCUAGUUUCCUGUCAAUAUGAAUCAUCCUGCUGCAUCAAUCAAUUCUGCAAGUCCACGGUUCAACCACCUGGGAUCACCUCAACUUUGUAAUGUCUGAGUGAAAAAACCCUCAUUGAUUUUUCUUAUUCACAUGAAUCAAGUUUCCUCACUGUUGGUUUUAACAUUAUAGCUGCAAAACUCUUCUUUCCUGUUUCUUGUGUUUGUGUCAAUGCAUAUGUGUGAGAGAAAUGUCAAAGACCACAGUGGGUUCAAAAACAAUUUAGGCAUGAAUACAUACAAUUCUUUAAUGUAAACAUAAGAGUGUUUACUGCAAGAUAUCUUUUUAAAAAUUCACAAAAGCAGGUUGGAAAACACAUUACAUUUGAAGUUAAAAAUACUCUGCUCAAGACAGAAAAUGAGGACAAUAAACUAGUUUAAUCAGCUUCCCUACCUGUCUCAUAUAAAAGUUAAUCUUGGUCAUGUCAUGAUGAUGAUGGAUGAAUUUAUGUGACACUUAAUACAAAUAUAAACAAAUAUACUUCAAGUACAAAAUAUCUGUUUUACAAUUCACUGCACGGUAUAUUUUUCUGAUUUUCUGGUAAAUUUAGUUAUUCAUUUAUUGUUAGAAACAUAAUCAUUACUUGCAUCUGAAAUGUUUAAAUGAAUAGGUCAGCAACUAUUUGCAUAUUAUGUAUGG